AUGACCGAGCUUCCCAGCGAUCGUACACCAACACCUGCUGCUCCUACAGAAGGCGAUGAGCUCUCGUCGGAUAUUGUAGCUGCCACGGCUACGGGUACCGGUACAGGGACGUCGGCGCGUGCUGGUAAGUGGUGCUCACGCCCAGCCGCUGGCCGCUGGGCAGGCGCGGACGAACCGGCCUCUUCCACGCCAUAAGGCCAUCAGAGGGGGCUGAAUCCCCAGCGAAGAAGGACUGAGACGGUGAUCGAUCCUCGUUCCACGUCGAUCACGUGUUGAUCGUCAUCUACCGCAACAGGUCCAGUUCCAGCUGCUUCCAGUGGUAGCCAGGCGGGAAGGCAGAAACGACAUCGCGACGACAUGACGCCGACCACACCUCGCGUGAGUUAUAUCACCCCCCCACCCCCCCCCCCCCUCCGCCUCCGUCGCGUGGUCGCUUCUUCGAGCGCCAGCCCUUGAAUGGCUUACCCUCGGGGUGGCGAUUCACUUUUGAGUUCCGGAACUGACCAUUCGGAUUUGCCCCGCUUGGACAGUCUGAAGACGAGACCAAAGUCUUGGGCGGACUGACUCCGUUGGCCAAGAAGGGGUCAGUUUCCAGCUCCAGUGUCCUCCUUGGGGUUUCCUAUCAAUACCACGUAGACCUGUAUUCCUCUCGCUAACCCAAGGACGCUGACGCACUCCAGCCGCGUCCAACCGGAUGCAAAAUCCAAGCUCGUAGCCGGAACCGGCGCCGACGACGGACCACAAGGCGUCGCUUCGACCUCUUCGUCGCUCGCGUCCAGCUCCACCGCCGACGUCGAAGCCGAACAAGCCGACAUUGACGACAACGACGAAGAAGAUGAAGACGAAGACGACGAGGAUGAAGAAGGCGAUACACGUAUCACCCCACCUCGUUCGGCACCUACGGGUCUGGAACCCAACUCGCCCCCACCGACGCCAAUGCAAUCCACGAAGCGCGGCGCCGAGGGACAGGAAACCAAGGCGAUUCGGAAGAGGGUCGCCAACCUCGAAUGGAAGGAUGGCGAGCAGGGUGUCUCGAGGGUAACGACGACGAAUGAGUCCGACGUGGAGAUCGCCGACGUCGCAGCGGAGGUUUCAGAGAGUGCCGAAAUGGCGGAAGGGGAAGAGGCCCAGGUCGCGGAUGAGGUGCACGAGACGGCCAAGGGGGUACAUCAGGAGGAUUCAGAGGCGGAGGACAAACUGAUGAAGGAACGGGAAGCGAGCGUCGCGGCCGAUGUCGCCGAGUCGGCACAGAUGUUGGCUCAGGAGGAUGAGGCCAAGCAGGAUCAGGACGAGCACAUCGCCGAUGUCGCUUCCGAGGUGGCUGCGAGCGCAAAAAAGGUUGCUCAAGAGGAUAAGAAGGAUCAGGAGGUUGCACAGGUUGCUGCUGAAGUCGCGGAAUCGGCCAAGGUCCUGGCACCCGAGGUCCCGACCGAGCCGACCCCGCCCGCGAAUCCUCCUGCCACAGCGCCGACCGCACCAGCGACGACGUCGUUCUCGGCAUUCUCAUCAAGCUCUUCGCCUUUCGCCUCCGUCUCGGGAGCAUCCCCUUUAUCGGGCAUGGCACAGCCCAAAGCAUCGACAGGGUUCGCGGAGUACGUUCCCCCGACGACAGAAGCAAAGCCAAAGUCACGGACCAGCUUUGGCGGGGAAGCCGCUCCCUUGGUGACAUCACCACCUCUUCCUGCCUCUCACCCCGAGACCGUCGCCUCGCCGCCCACGACCGUCGACUCGGCACCCAUCAGUCUCGUGGGUAGGAGCUCACCGAGCGCCGAGCCCGUCCCCGUCCCCGCCAAAAUCAUUCCGACUUUCACCUCGUCGACGUCUUCUUCAACUUUUACCGCCACCACACCCUUGGGGGACAGCGCCUUCUCCUCUGGUCCAUCGUCCUUCGCCAAGUUUGCCUCGACGAGUGGUUUCGCUGCUGCGAGUAGCUCCUCGAAGGAUCCAUUGGCUUCGACGUCGACGAAUAGCGGUGCGCUCGGGUCGACUUCGACAACGGCCUCGGGAGGGUUCGGGUCCUUCUCCGGUGCCUCCCCCUUCGCUUCCAUCUCUUCCAAGUCCAAAACCUCCGCCUUGUCAGCGCAAGGCUCUCACGAAGAAACCAACGGCGACGAAUCGACCGGUUCGUCCUCCACCCGUUCACGCAAGAUGGGCGAACCUGAAGAGAUCGAUGAAUCGAAGCGCGUCUUUACGGAACAAGAGGUCGUGACGGGCGAAGAGGAGGACGAGUUGGUGCAUUCGGUGAGGAGCAAAUUGUUCGUCAUGCAUGAAGGGGCUUGGGCCGAGAGAGGGGUCGGUUUGUUGAGGUUGAAUAGGACACAGGGGAAGGAGGACAAGACGGGCGCGAGAUUGGGUACGCUUUCGCGAGUGAUUGGGAUCUGCCCCCCCCCCCCCCUUUUUCCACGAAGAGCUGACCCCUACGUUUCGCCAAUGCUUACAUAGUCAUGCGAGCCGAUGCGACUCACCGUCUUUUACUUAACGCCACCUUGUUCCCCAGUUUCUCGAUCGAAGUCAACCAAGAGAAAUACGUCCGGUUCGCCGUCAUCGAAGCUGGGGAACCGACGUCGUACAUGUUGAGGUUGUCGGGGGCGACGACGGCGAAUGCGUUGGUCAAGGCGGUUAGUGAGGAGGUGGAUCGAUUAGAGUAA